AUGUCCGCAGACAAUCGCACCACCAAACGAAUCAUCCUCGGCUUGAUGACCUUGGGCCCCGAUACCACCCAUGGCGCCCGCAUCACGUUCCUGGAUGAAUUCAACCAGUGCCUCGACCUCUUCCAACAAAGGGGCUAUCACGAAAUCGACACCGCUCGUCUAUACGACGGCGGGCGCCAAGAAGCCUUCACGCGAAAAGCGCAAUGGAAAGAACGCGGCCUGUCAGUGGCUACCAAAUGGUAUCCGAUCAAGCCCGGCACGCACCGACCUGAGAUUCUCAAAGAGAAGCUGGACGAGUCCCUGCGCGAGCUGGGGACCGACUGCAUUGACAUUUACUACCUCCACGGACCGGACCGCGGCACUCCGUGGGAAGAGACGUUUGCGACGCUGGAAGAGCUGCAUCGGCAGGGCAAGUUCAAGCAGAUUGGCCUGAGCAAUUUCUCCGCCUUUGAAGUUGCGGAGAUCGUGACGAUGUGCAAGGAGCGCGGCUGGGUUCGGCCGACGAUCUACCAGGCGGUGUACAAUGCGAUCACACGAGGGAUCGAAGAAGAACUUGUUCCAUGCUGUCGGCGGUACGGAAUCGAUAUUGUGAUUUUCAACCCGUUAGCCGGGGGAUUCUUUUCCGGAAAAUACAAAUCCACGAACACGCCCUCUGACGGACGAUUCAGCGACCAAAACAGUAUUCUCGGCAAGAUGUACCGCGAUCGGUAUUUCAAAUCGAGUAUCUUCGGCGCGCUCGAGCUGCUGGAGCCCUUGGUUGCAAAGCAUGGUCUUAGUUUGGUAGAGGUGGCAUUGCGCUGGUGCAUUCACCACUCUGCGCUGAGAGUCCUUGACGGCAAUGAUGGCAUUAUCACCGGUUUCAGCAGUCUGGGGCAGUUGGAGAGCAACUUGGACGCCAUGGAGAAGGGUCCCUUGCCAGAAGAGCUGGUUGGGGCUCUUGAGCAGGUGUGGUACAUGGUGAAGGCGGAUGCUAGCAAGUUUUGGCAUGGAAAUUUGAUCUACCAAUAUGACACCCAAGAAGCCCUUUUUGGUAAGAACAAUUAG